UGCAUGUGCUAGCAUGGUUUAAGCAAGCAUUAUAUAAAAGUGCAAGAUUCCGACGAGCUUUCGGGCGGCGCCGCCGAAAUCGACCUCUUAACUAUCCUUGUAGCAUUAUAUGGCAUUUUAUAGCUCAAAUGAACGCACAGAAGCAGCCAGCUGUUAAGGAAGUUCUUCCGAAGGCUGGUCUUGUUGUUAGCGAAAAGGGCAACCUUACUGAAAUCUUAUGUAAACCUAAGCUUAUGCCGUUAAAGUCCAUUACACUGCAAAAGCUGGAGGAGAUGGAGGCUAAGAUUGCCGAAGUAGCCAAGCAGCAGGCAGCUCAGCAACGCCCGGGUUCUGCGCGUCCCAAGAUUUCUGCCUUUUCGUCGGCUUAGAUAGGCAACUAGCACCGAUAUUUUUUCCUUUUUUAGUCAGUAAUCUUCAUCUUUCUAAAAAGUACUAGUCAUGGGCAAGGGUGAGCGCCCGGAGCAUAUGGCUCCACCGGACAUCUUUUACAAUGCGGACGAGGCUCGGAAGUACACCACCAACAGCCGCAUGAUCGCCAUUCAGUCCUCUCUUACCGAACGCGCUCUGGAGCUUCUGGCCCUACCCCAGGACGGCAUCCCACGUCUGCUGCUCGACCUGGGUUGCGGCAGCGGCCUGUCCGGGGAGACACUCAGCGAGGCGGGCCACAUGUGGCUGGGAGUGGACAUCAGUGAGGCCAUGCUGGAUGUUGCCGUGGAGAGGGAGAUUGAGGGCGACCUGGUUCUGGGUGAUCUGGGUCACGGCUUGCCGCUGCGCCCGGGGGCCUUCGACGGAGCCAUCAGCAUCUCCGCGGUGCAGUGGCUGUGUAAUGCGGACAGGACGGGACAUGACCCCCGGAAGCGCAUGAAGCGGUUUUUCGAGACUCUCUACAUGUCUUUGCGGAGGGGGGCCCGGGCGGUGCUGCAAAUCUAUCCGGAGAACCCCCAGCAAGCGGAGAUGCUGGUGGCGGCGGCCAUGAAAGUGGGCUUUUCUGGGGGCCUCGUGGUGGACUAUCCCCACUCAACUCGCGCCAAGAAGUACUUUUUGGUUUUGAUGGUGGGUACAAGCGCCGCAACGCCCCAAGCAAAGGGACUAGACGGCAGCGAGCCGGAGGACGAGGAGGAGGAGGCGCAGGUCAAGGUGGCUGGUCGCGACCGCCACAAGCGUCGCAAGACGGCAGGCGGUGGCAGUGGCUCCGGAACCAAGGGCCGCGAAUGGAUCUUGAAGAAGAAGGAGCAGAUGCGCAAGAAGGGCUAUGACAUCGCAGCCGACAGCAAGUACACGGGGCGAAAGCGGAAGCGGCUCGUGUGAUCUGAUGUGAUGCGGCACGUCGCGUUGGCCUUUUUUGCAGUGGUCGGACUUGGGAGACGGGUGCGUGUUCGGUCUGGAGAGAUAUAGGAGAUGCCAGUAGUCGCCGGUAGGCGUGUGGCUGUGGCUGUGGCUGUGUAGACACUGGGAUGGGAGUCGCCCAGUGUGGGUGGGUGUGUUGGACAGGAAGACGUGGGGCGUAUUACGCUGGUCGGCAGCGAGGCGAGGAGCUGGCAAUGUCGUCGGGUGCACACAGUAACAUAUGAGCUUCGGCAGCAGGGAGCGGCGAGUAAGGGCCCCCCCCCCAGGGAAAGCCUGGAAGCGGAGCAAGAGAGGAAGGGAAAGCAUGGAAGAAAGGAAGGUGCACGUGCGCCCCGUGCGUCUCACUUGUUUAGUUUGACCAGCAGCUUUAUUUGUGAGCCCCUGGCGCUUUAUCAAGUAGAUUAUGUAGACGAGUUGGUGGUGUAACAUGUAAUGGAGAUGACGGAUGAACCUCAUAUGAUAUGUUUUCCUACGUAUCUAUCGAUUUAACUUUCGACCUGU